GCAGACACAGGCUCUGGCUGCCUAGGAGCCAGAGAGAAAGUUCCUGGGACAGUUCGCCCGCGGGAGGGCCCAAACUGCGGCCACUGGCCGAGAGGGUCUUGAGUCCCGCGAGUGCUGCGCGCGAUCCUCCUGCACGCACUUGGCUGCCCGGGCCCUGCUUUCCGAGAAGCAGAGGAGCCUCGCAGGCGGGCAGCCGGAGCGGCCGGGGCUAAACUUGGACGAGGAGGAUGCUGCGAGUGGGCGCGGCGGCGCGGGGCGCGGGGGCGCUCGCCAAGCACUGAUUGCUCCCGGCGGACUCCGAGCGCGCUGAAGAGCAGUGGGCAGGUAGCGGCUCCAAGCGCCCGGACUGCGCCAAGCUGACAAGCAGGGCCGCCAGCGCCACCGUGCAAGCGUCGUCUCCUCGACACGGAAUCAUGGUGCGAGCAGCGCGCACGCCCCGCGCGGAACUCUGAGCUCCGGCCGUGCAUUGCUCCCCUUCCUCUGGUAUUCCCAUCCGAUCUCCCCGUGACUGCCUUGCUCGCGGACCAUGAAGCUAUCUCCCGGAGCCCCUUGCCUCUGAGCUACGCAUCGCUCCGCUGCAGCCCCAACGCCGCUGGGCCACAGACAGCGCUCCAACCCUUGAAGCUCGGGAUCUUCUUUCAGGGACCCGGGCGUACGGAGAUGGCGCUCAGUGGACUCAUCCGGCAGAGCAAAGUUCGCCGGAGGCGAGAGAUGCUGCCGCAGCAAGUUGGCUUCGUGUGCGCUGUGCUGGCCCUGGUGUGCUGUGCCUCCAGCCUCUUUGGAAGCUUGGGCCACAAAACAGCUUCUGCUGGCAAACAUGUUCUGCCGGACACGUGGCGAAAUAGAAAAUUGAUGGCACCAAUCAAUGGGACUCCGCUGGCUAAGAACUGCACAGAUCCUGCGAUUCAUGAGUUCCCCACAGACCUGUUCUCCAACAAAGAACGACAGCACGGUGCUGUCCUGCUACACAUCCUUGGUGCUCUCUAUAUGUUCUACGCCCUGGCCAUCGUGUGUGAUGACUUCUUUGUCCCAUCCCUAGAGAAGAUCUGUGAGAAACUUCAUCUGAGUGAAGAUGUGGCAGGUGCCACCUUCAUGGCUGCAGGAAGCUCGACACCAGAGCUGUUUGCUUCUGUCAUUGGUGUGUUCAUCACCCAUGGAGAUGUCGGUGUAGGAACGAUUGUGGGCUCUGCUGUGUUCAACAUCCUAUGUAUCAUUGGAGUAUGUGGACUCUUUGCUGGACAGGUGGUGCGGUUGACGUGGUGGGCUGUGUGCCGUGACUCUGUGUACUACACGCUCUCUGUCAUUGUGCUCAUUGCGUUCAUAUACGAUGAGGAAAUUGUGUGGUGGGAAGGCCUGGUGCUCAUCAUCCUGUACGUGUUUUAUAUUCUUAUCAUGAAGUACAAUAUGAAGAUGCAGACAUUUUUCACAACCAAACAAAAAAGCAUUGCAAAUGGUAACCCAGUCAGCAACGAGCUGGAAGAUGGUAAUGACCUUUAUGAUGGUAGCUAUGACGACCCUUCUGUGCCAUUGCUGGGGCAAGUGAAGGAGAAACCUCCCUAUGGCAAACCCCCCGUGGUUAUGGUGGAUGAGAUUCUCAGCUCCAGCCCUCCCAAGUUCACCUUCCCUGAGGCUGGCCUGCGCAUCAUGAUCACCAACAAGUUUGGGCCCAGGACUCGACUACGGAUGGCCAGCAGGAUCAUAAUUAAUGAACGACAGAGGUUGAUCAACUCAGCCAAUGGUGUUAACAGCAAGCCACUGCAAAACGGGAGACACGAGAACAUGGAGAACGGAAAUGUUCCUGUGGAGAACCCUGAAGACCCACAGCAAGGCCAGGAGCAGCAGCAGCCGCCACCACAGCCACCACCCCCAGAGCCAGAGUCAGUAGAGACAGUCUUCCUGUCACCCUUCUCAAUGCCCGAGGCAAAAGGUGACAAGGCUAAGUGGGUGUUCACUUGGCCCCUCAUCUUCCUCCUGUGUGUCACCAUCCCCAACUGCAGCAAGCCCCGCUGGGAGAAGUUCUUCAUGGUCACCUUCAUCACGGCCACUCUGUGGAUCGCCGUGUUCUCCUACCUCAUGGUGUGGCUGGUGACUAUUAUUGGAUACACACUUGGGAUCCCCGAUGUCAUCAUGGGCAUCACCUUCCUGGCGGCAGGCACAAGUGUUCCAGACUGCAUGGCCAGCUUAAUUGUGGCAAGACAAGGGCUUGGAGACAUGGCAGUCUCUAACACCAUUGGAAGCAACGUGUUUGAUAUCCUGGUGGGGCUUGGCAUCCCGUGGGGCCUGCAGACCAUGGUUAUUAAUUAUGGAUCCACAGUGAAGAUCAACAGCCGGGGUCUGGUCUAUUCCGUGGUGCUGCUGCUGGGCUCUGUCGCUCUCACUGUCCUUGGUAUUCACCUCAACAAAUGGCGCCUGGACCGGAAACUGGGCAUCUACGUGCUGGUCCUCUAUGCCGUCUUCCUGUGCUUCUCCAUAAUGAUAGAGUUUAAUGUCUUCACUUUCGUCAACUUGCCCAUGUGCAGAGAAGACGACUAAAGCUGAACCGUUGCCCAGGAAACUGCUGUUGCCACCGAGAUGCUGGCGUCCUCUCUCUCUCUUUCUCCACACAGGUCUCUAUUGCCUUGGCAGCCACUGUCAAUUCUUUCAUGAGCUGGAAGGAAGGGCCACCAUGGUCUUUGUCUGGUCACAGCCAGGCUGCUGGGCAUCUGUCCCCGCAUGACAGGGUCCAGCCAUUAUUUGAGCAGCUCCACAGACUCUUGGCUACCAGCUGCAGGGAUGCAUCGUAUCUCUUCUCUCUUGCACACUUUAGUCAAAAGGACUUCUGUGUGCUCUUUGUCUUUCUGUUACAUGGGCAGCCCGUGAACACGAGGUGUCCUAGGUGAGUGCAAAUUAGGCCCAGAGGCAAAUGUCACCUCUGGGCCUGGAGAAAGCAGACUAUGUUACCAUGACUCUACUGGGAACACUGGAAGAGACAAGGUAUCAACUUGCAGGGCCUUUAGACCACUGCAGUUAUAGGAAAAAUAGGAAGAGUGGAAACAUAAUUUCUCAAUAGAAGAGAAAAAAGCAAGCGAAUACUGUUACCCUUUUUAUUGACACAUUCAGAAACUGAGCAAUGAAAUAUUAAAAAUAAAACGUCACAUAUAGAUCAUCA